CCCAUGAGCUGUGGUUCCAUUAGUCUGCAGCCAGACACAGAGGAAUCGGUACUCCAGCAGGAGAUGUGAUUACUAAAGAGACUACUUUUAAGGGCUGAACUUCUUAUUAGCUAUAUUAGAUCUCUAAUUACAUGCUUUGGUUAAUUUUUCAUGUUCAGAAUGGUUGUAAAAAGCAGUAUGUUCUUUGCGACUAAUAUUGAGUGACAAGUUGUAGCUUUACACAGGAAAAAGCUCAAAACAGAGCAGAGUACCGACACGGAUUACCUUCAGUGCCACCAGUGUAUUCAUCCCAACCAGGACCCCAUCAACAGUCUACCACCAGGAAAGAGAGAGGUCAUGGAGAAGUAUUUUAAACCGGUUCAGUGCCCAGCUGAGUUGGAUGAGAUCAAGCCACGGAAAAACCGCCAUCAUCACAAACAUCACCUUCAACAUAACCAAGACACUCAGUCACACAGGUACGCAAAGUUUGACGACACUGACAGAAACACAGAUGACAGCCAAGGUCAGCCUCGCCGCCAUCAACACAGCCACUAUCUCCGUGAAAACCCUCACCACAAUGCUCAUUAUCCUCGUCAGUAUCGCCACAGUGAAGAGGACGAGAUACUUUAUGACCACCACACUCCUGUAACUCUCUCUAGGGCCUCCUCUUCUUCUCUCUCCUCCUCAUCCUCUUCCUCUUGGUACACAGAGUCAAGCGCAAAUGAUCCCUUCACUCUUCGCCAUGCUGAGCGCCCACAGCAUUCUCUAUCCUGCUCUAAUCUCCAAGAUGUGCGCAUAGGUUUCCAGGAAGAUGACAACAGCGAGCCCAUUGUCUUUGCCACUAUCAAACAUAGCAAAAAAGGCAGUGCAUUCCAUGAAAGCUCACAGCAAAGGGGGAACAGUGGGUUUUCUGCUCUUGACAGAGGUCACAGUUGGAGUGAUGAAGCUUUUCUCCAGAGUAAUGCUGGUGGUGGAAGAGAACAAUCCAAACACAAUGACUAUGGGCCUUUGUAUAAGUCAGCUAGUUUGAACCGAUGCUUGGCUUUCAGUGAGGAAAACAUUCUUUUAGGGGUCUCCAGUGCCCCAAAGAGAGCAGUAUCUUCAAACAUGCUACCCAGCAAAGGGAUCCUCAAGAACAAGGAGAAUCAUACUGACAUUCGUAAGACUAAGUCGAUGGAGGUACUGUCCCCAAGAGUUGAUAAAGGACAAGGUCCUGGGCAGAAGGGUAAAGAGAUCACUCAAGCUGACAUAGAGCAAGCCAGGGCAAAUGUUCUGCAGGAAAAAUUGCAGUUCUCUGCCUUUCUAGAUGAGAUUACAAAGAGUGUUAUAAGUCCAACGGAUCUCACCAUCUUGGGUAUGAAUAAUAGUAAAACUCCUGGGAAAACAUCUGCCUCAGCACCAACAUCUAACCCAGUUAAGCCCCAGCUCCCACCAAAAAAGCACAGAAAGGGCCCAGUGGAGGAAACAGGCCAUCAUCCCAAACUGCCCAGCAGGCAGGAGAGAGGACCUUUCAGUAGUUCUCAAAAAAACUCUGACUGCUCCAAUCCUGACAAACUGAUUUCAUAUGCCACAAGGAACCACCACGGCAGCCCGCCACCUCGUUGCUACACACACUCUGCCAGCCAAAGCCCCCACCAUGGAAGCAGCCAUAAGGACAAGAGACCUAUGUCCAGGGACAGAUUUGGGAGAGGUGGCCGUCACUUAACCGAUGAAACCAGCACCAGCCCUGAAACCAGUCAGUCCAAACAACACCACCACCACCACCACCACCACAAACAGCACCACAGCCAACAUCCACAUAACCAGCACUUCCACCAACAGGUUCAUCCAAGCUCUGGUCACCAAGAACCAAGCAACUCUCCUUCCUCUCCAGGCCAGGGUGCAGGACCAGGUGUCGGAUCUGAGUCUUCAUCCACAAAAUCUGAUUCACCAAGGGCCAGGGACACAGCCUCCACAGCUACCAGCCACAGCUCUGACCAGAGUAGUCAACACCAGUCGCAGCAUGUCGGACACGCUCAGCAGGACCGGGACAUGCUGUGUGAUGCUGACCAUCUUCAGGCACUGCAGGAGGAGAAUGCAGAUCUCCAUCAGAACUUGCUGCAGACGGUGGUUUGCAUUGAGAGCCUGGAGGCGGAGCUGCAGAGGACCAGAGAUGAGCUCAGCCAUGUUAGGGAGAAAUACAAAAGCCUUCUGCAAACACAUACUGGGACCAAGCAGGCCAAUAACCUCCUGGGGGAGCACCUGCACAUAGCAUCGGAGAGCUUGAGCAGCGAAAGGAAGUAUCUGCUUAAUCGUGUGUCCCUGCUGAGCUCAGAGCUGGAAGAUGCUCACAGGACCAUUACAGCCCUGGAGAACAUUAAUGUACCAUGCUUGAUAAAGGAACUACUGGAGAAGCACUUUGAUUCAGCUGAGGCUAUACAGAAGUUUCUCACAACCUCUGCUACAAACAGCCAUUGUGCUGCCUCUCAACAAACAGAUGGCCAGUCCCGCUCUCCUAAAGCAGAUGAAGGGGCACGUGAUUGGCUAACAAAAUCAGAGGCAGGCCCACAGAGGGUCACAGCUUUCACACCCUUUAAACAGAGUGUACCACCAACAGGAAAUGAAGGCAAUCUCUCGGGUCAGCAUGAGCUGAGCCACAGCCCGCCUUUCUCUGUGGCUGAAAUCAGCUCUGCUAUCUAUAAGAAAAUGGCUGCCAGUUAUGCUGCCAGGCCAUGGCCUAUCUACCCCCAAAGCCAACAGCAGCCUUCCUUGCCCACUAAUCAUGCUGACACCCUUCCAGACCUCAGGCAGGGCCAUGUAGAUAGUGAUAACUGGGGUGGGAAAGGAGAGCUUAAGGUAACUCUUUUGGAGCAGGACAUUGAGGAUGUGAACUCUAUGUCAGCCCAGCAGAUUCUGGAUGAUUUCAUGCAGCACUUGCAGCUACACAAGGAGGUUGGUGGAAGGAAGGAGCAACAGAGUGGGCAGAAGUGUAGGGCAGAGGUAACGGAGUGAAAAUGCCGUGGGCAUAAUGAAUAUUCAUCUUAAUGCCUUGAAAUGUGCGUUUAUUCAUGUGUCUCAUGAAUAUCUGUCAGAUGGAAAUACUGUAUUUGCAAAAUGCUGUGGUUAAGAAAACUUGUACAUUAUGUUCAUUUAGAAAUAAAACUGAAAACUCCAAUCAUUUGAUACACAUUAGAAGAUUUACACACACACUGUUAAAUAACUAACUCAAUGAUUUCAUUAAAAACAUGCUUUAUGCAUACAUUUCUGUAGUAGUAAUUUGCUGUUUGUUAUUUAUCUUUUAGUUUUCUUGCAAACUGACAGAGAGGGCAAAGUUGCAAUGGGGAUCUCAGACUAUGUCUUCUGUAUUUAACAGUACUGAGAUGAGAUGAAAUGCACAUUCGAAAUUGUGCAUGAUAAUAGAUAAUUGACACUGAUGGGAUAAAAUGUGAUUAAAAUAUUAUUAUUGAACAAAUUAACAUUAAGAAAAAGCAUAACUUUGGAUAAAAAGAGACCUUUUUUUCAGCUGUAAGGUCAGCUGUUAUAGCUGAUCUUUUAAACUUACAAGGAAAGAGAAGGAUUUUAAUAACAGAAUACAUCAAGGCCUGCUGUGAAAAGUGAAAAAUGACACUGAAUGCAGCGAAUGCCUUUGAGUGAUAGAGAAAAUUACAUGAGAAAGGAAGCUAACAACCUUUUGGAACCCACUUAAUUCUUGAGUAAAGACAUCUCUUUCAUGCAACAGCAGCCUACCAUCAGUGCUACUGGAGACUGUUUUAAUCUACAUUUAUUCAUAAUAAUUCAACCAGACUCAGUUGUUAGUUUUUCUAUAUUUGUGAAUAGUAAAUCUUCAGACACUGCACUGGUAACUGAUAUUUUAUAACAGUCCAAAUAGCCCACAUGUGAAAACUUUUUAAAAUGAAUAACUGUGCAAUGACUUUGAGUUUACUGUUCACUGAUUGGUUUGUGUAAAUAUCCAGAAACUCUGUGUAAAUGUCUGUGAUGCAUAAAAGGAACCGGUCCUUCCCAUGUCAAAUAUUAUGAUGACAGGUUAGAUGCUUUGUAGCUGAUGUAACUGACAAAAGCAUACAGUUAAAAUACAAUAGUGUAAUUAUGUGCAGGUAUUGUGAUGCUCUAGAUAAGAUAAAGUUCAGCAGUAAUGUGUACACCUGGGAUGUAGGUAUUCCUUUAAUUUAGGGGUUAGCCUGUUGUUUUAAUCUUUAAAGCUCUCAUCACUCUCUACAUUUUGUCAUUAUGAAUACUUCUAGUCUGUGUCAUUGCAUCUAUUGUACUAAUAAAGAUAGUUAUGUUGAUGUAUUA